AUGGAUGCUUACACUCGUCUGUCGUCAAUGCAGGCCAGCCAGCCAGAGUACGCCAUCUUCCGCCUCUAUCUGCCUCUACAAGCGCUCCAGCUGAACCUUCUGCAAGCUGAGAUCGCGCACCUGCGCCAGGGGCUAGGCGCCGCCGAACUCGAGUUGAAGGGAAGAUCCGGAAACACUGAGAAGCUGUUUUCUCAUUUUCCCAGCCGCCAAACUCAGUCUUCCUCUGAAAAAGAACCUCAGUCCUCGCUGCAAAAGGCUCUUUGGGACCGACUUGAAGCAGCUCUCAAGAAAUACAGCAAAGCGCUGCUCCGUUACCGCGCCCUUUCCCAACUACCCUCUGUCGAUCGCUUACACCACAAGCAACUCCGUACUUGGAACUCCGACCUCGAAGGUGGUGAUGGUUCCCUCCGUGGGGCUGAAGCUGUCGUCUGGGACGAAGAGAAUGCAGGGGAUCUGACCUCGAUAGCUCUGCCGAGCGAGAGUAGAGAUCCCUUGACGUAUUUUCUCCAAACUCGCGUCCUUCCAUGGUACCACAACACCAUAGGGUACAGAUACAGGUCACCAACCUACGUUGCUGAUGCGUUCACCGAUAUGAGACAGCAGACGCCCAUCUAUUAUUACUCGGACAGACUGAUUAUCCUGGCCGUGAACAUCUGCAGCACGGUGCUGUCUUCGAUGAUUCCGGCGCUCUGCUCACUUGCCCUCUAUUUCAUCCGGCGGGAAGGCGCCAGGAUGGGAGCGAUCGUGGGCUUCACGUUCCUCUUUAGCGUUAUUAUCGCAUUGAUCACGCCGGCCAAGAAGAUAGAGACUUUUGUGGCGACGGCAGCCUUUGCGGCCGUUCUUAUUGUCUUUGUCGGGAAUGGAAAUGGCAAUGCUGGAGGAUGCGUCUGUUGA